GCUUUCUUCAUGACAUGUUGUGCUGCUUAAGAAAAAUAUUUGAAAUACCUAUUUAAAUUUAAAAACACAUUUUUCAUUUUUCGAUUUAAUCUAAUUACCGUUUGAAAUUUGUUCGUCCCUGAAGGGUAGUAUAAUGUCAGAAGAACCAGUUGUAAAUGGUGUCGGCGGGACUGAUGAACAAACCGACAAUGUCGAUGAUGCGAAUGCUAAAAAAACUGUAAAAUAUGACAGCGGAGCAGCUGAUUUAGAAAAAGUGACUGACUAUGCGGAAGAAAAGGAAGUCAUAUCGACCGAUGACAUAUCUGGAGCAAUGACCAUCAUUGGUGACAGGAGAUUAAAAGAAGCCGCAGACAAAAUAGCAAAAGAAAAAGAACUGCAAAAGGUCUCCAUAAAAAAGUCUGAUGUUGAACUGAUUAUACGAGAAAUGGAAAUAUCAAAAACCCUAGCCGAGAGAACAUUAAGGGAAUGUCACGGAGACGUUGUCAAAGCUCUGAUUGUCCUGACCAACUGAAAACAUUAACUAACAUUUUGAAUUUUCUAAGUAAAAGAAAAAAUUACAAAAAAAAAAAA